AUGGCGGUUCACGUGGUCUCAAAGUUGGAUAUUAGCCAACAUGCUGUUCUGGUCCCUGCACCUGCGGACUCGCAAGAACUCGCACCGUCCAGCGUGCGUGUCAAGACACAAUUAAUCACCCUGUCAUCGAAUAACCUAACAUAUGCGAAAAUGGGUGGUGUGCUACGAUGGUGGGACACAUACCCGGUCUCUGCCUGUCCAGCCCCCUACAACGACGCAUCCAAAUGGGGGAUCGUUCCAGCGUGGGGGUUUGCCUUAAUCGAAGAGAGCAACAUCCCCGAAUUAGCCCCGGGAACGCUCCUCCAUGGAUACUGGCCCACAUCCGCCUCGUCAACAGACUUAAAACUGCAAGCAACUGCACCGAGUGGACACUGGGUUGAAAUAAGUGAGCACCGCCAGAAGCUCAUGCCUUUAUACAAUCUCUACAAAGUGCAACCAACAUCGCUAUCAGCCGAGAAGAUCGCAGCUCCCACUAUUGGAGAUGAACUGAAUCAGCUCGGUUGGUCGGCUGUUCUCCAGGGGCAAGCUGGUUACUACCUAAGCGAGUACGUUUUCUCACCCCGAAAAGGCAUCGAGCCCAUCCACCCACUCGGAAACGCGGCGGGUCUCCCCUGGACGAAGGAUGAUGCGGACGUAUCGAAAUCCGUGGUGGUUAGUCUGGCGCCGUCAGGAAAGACUGGGCGAUCAUUUGCCUACUUCUUUGAGCAAAAACCGAAGGAAUUGGCGCCUCUUGGCUUUUUGCAGGUCACAUCGGCGGUUGAGGGUCUUUCGCGGGCCACGGAGUCCGCUGCGCCGGAGUUUCCUUCCAAGGCUAUUGGAUAUAACAACAUUUCGGACCCUGCAUCAAUCGAGUGGAUUCGAAACUUCAGGCCCUCAAAGAUCGUUGUGCUUGACUUUGGUGCACGGGAGGGCGCUCUGGACGGCUUAAUUGAUGGUAUCAAGCAGGACGCAUUGCUGGCAAAUAGUAAGAUUGUUCUUGUGCAAAUCGGUGGUCCGCAGAAGGAGAGGGCCGCAUUGAUGGCGAAAAGAGCCCAGCAGGACCUUGGCUGGGUUCAAUAUAAUACUUCAGGAGUCAUUGACACCGUUGUUGCCGUUCGCGGCCCAGAUGUUUUAUAUCAGGAAUUAGCCCAAGAGUGGGAAAGAUUGCUGAGAAUGCGCCAUCUGGCCUUCCCUGAUUUGGAAAUCGUCUGGAAAGAGGGAGUCUCUGGUGUUGAUGGUAUUGAGGGAGGAUGGGAUCUCCUUAACAAUGGAAAGGUUGGGGCGAGUGAGGCUCUUGUGUAUCGAGUGCAGGGUACUCAGUCUUGA